ACGAAACGUUUUGAUCAAGACCACUGUUCAAUACUCUCUCUCUUCUCUCUCUCUCUCUCUCUAUCUGUUGCACCAGCAACGCCCGGGUAAUAAAGCUUCACGCUUUGACACAGUAGAGAGAGAAAAGUUUCAAACUUGCCGGUACCCACAUAGAGAUUAGAGAGAGAAACCGAAAAAGUUUGAAGCUACCCUUGGUUCGUUUGGGUUUCUGGGACUUGGUAUAGAGGUAUAGAACUUAUUGGAAGGAGAAAUGUCUGGCAAAAAAGUGCUUCUGACAUACAAGAGGAAACGGCCAUCAUCAACAAUAAGUCUUGCUCAAGAACCAGGACAGGAGGAUUCAGCUUUAGAAGGUUUGGCAAUCACACCAAGCGCGAAAGAAGUAUGUGAAAACAAAUUUUGGGAAAAUCAGGUAGCAAAUAUGCUGCAUGUUCAUGACAAAAGCCCAAGUCACAGCUGUCUCACAGAACAAGAUCCCUUGGCAUCUUCACCCACUGGUAGUUCUUGGAGGCUUAAGGAGGAUGACAGCACUAAUGAACCUGAUGCACCGUUAUUGGCUGUUCAUGCAUCUAAAUCACAUCUAUCGCAUAAUCCUUCUACAGAUGCAUCUGUUCAGAACUUCAAUGAAUUGUCUACAGCAUAUACGGAGUCACAGGGUCAGAAAAAUGGUGACCAUUCGGAGUCCUAUCCAAUAUAUGCAUCCGAAUCCAAAUCUGAUGAUGGCUGCUCAGUCUGUUGUACUGAUUCCCUGUUAUUGGCUGUUGAUGCUGAGAAGGAAGGCCGUUAUAGCUUAAAUUCAACAUUUCAGGAAAAGUGUGGCUUUCCGGAUGGCAAGGUUUUAUCUGUAGGAACAUCAAACCCGGAGGACAAUGGUUCACUCUUUAAGAAGAAGUCAGCUUUUGUAUCUGGCAAGUUGCAUGAGAAAAUGAAAUCACCCACUCCAUUAAUUACAUUCAAGAGAAGGCACAUAAAGAAAAAGUGUGUAGGCAUUGAUGUAGAAAGCAAAUUGCUACCCGAGAAGAACUUUUGUAAGGAGCUUCAACAAGGGAUCAACUUCAUUCAUGGCGAACAGUGUCUGUCUGCUGCAACAUGUCAGUGCUGCCCUGAAGAUGAGGGAACAGUGUCAAAAAUGCCUGAGGCUGAUUUACAUAGGAUCCGUAUAACUGAUCAAAUAAAAGAUGUUGAUUUGAUAUCAACUCAUUCUGGAUCUUUUCCUGGAAAAAAGAUCGUGACUGAGGGGAAACAAGUGCAAAAUGUGGAAACAAAGUCUAGUGGUGCCUCGCCUAGUGUUGGAUCAAUAGCAGAUGUUAACUCUGAUAAUACUUUGAAUGUCAAGAGAGACUUUCUUCUUAAGUCCUCCCGAUCUAUUGUAGUUGACAACUCCACUGCCGACGCCACAGGCAGUGGCAAACGAACUGAAGGUUCUAAAUGCCGACUGCAAACUGGUGAGGAAUCUCAAAAAUUUUCAGUUGAUGGUAGCAAGAUCACAUCUAAACCAGACUCUGGGAGAAGAGAAUUAUAUAGUCCAUGUUUAAAUCUGUCUAUUGCACCCCCCGAUUCUCGUGCUACACGGGAAAGCAUCAAUUUAAACGUGGAUUUUCAGAGUCAACCAGCAAAUUGUUGGUCUAGAGCUGUUCAUAGCUCAUCUCCCUCCCCAAAUGAAUUUAAUGGCUCUCCCUCACAAGAAGUGUCUACUUCAGGUUUCGUGAAUGUCAUAGAAGAGACGGUGGGAGAAUGUCGAUCCCUCAACCAAAGACAAGUGCAUACUAAUUCAUGUAGUGAUGAGGAACUUCAUGCCAAGCACAACAAUGAUUUGACUUCCAAUUGUUUGAUGACGGAAGUUUCACCAAAGAUCAAAUGCAUGCAGCUCCUUGUGGAUGGUGAAACUAAAAAAUCAUUGCGCUCGCCAAUAAAUUCCCCAGAAACGGCUACUUUCCAUGGUCCUGAUGCAAGAGAAGAUCUCCAGUUAGGACUUGAUACUACUCAUUACAUGGAUCAAACGUUAAGCAGAUCUCAGUUUGCAGGUUCAUAUCUGCCAACUGAAACUAGGAUUGGUGGGUGCGCCUAUUUAAACAGCUCCACUUCAGUGCCUUGGAGUGAUAGAGAAUUCAUGCUGCAUGCAUUUCCCCCAGUUUUCUCAAGCCACAGAUCAGUGCUUCACAGACACAAACAGAUGCUUGAUAACAUUAUGAAUCGAGCUAAAGCUUUGGCUGGAAAAGAAAAUAUGCGAGACCAGCUUAAGCCAUAUGUUGAUAUGUGGUCAGAAGAGGAGUUGGAUGUUCUCUGGAUAGGCGUGAGAAGGUACGGAAAGAAUAAUUGGGAUGCCAUGCUAAGGGAUCCGAGAUUGCACUUCUCACCUUGCAGGGUGGCGAGGGACCUUGCUGAUCGAUGGGAGGCCGAGCAGAUUAAACUUUUGAGUGGUCAUUGGUCACCGCAAUUCAAAACCUCAAGUACACAGGAUCAGCUGUUUAGUAAUUAUCUUCUUAAUCCUGGGACUCUACGAGGAAAUGUGAUGGAUGAGACCCGACUCUCACUUGGGAACAUAUAUGCUCAUAGAAAGACUAAGAGGCGCCGCCUGAAUUGUCCAGAUCUUUUCAACUAUGGCAUUCAGCAGCUCCAGGGUGAUUAUCCUAGAAGAAAUCUAUAUGCAGAUUUACUUGAGAAGAACUGCGAUAGAAUGUCUUUUGAGUAUAUGGAAAGAGAUGCAACGGCAAGGCUUAGUGGGAGCUUUUAUAGGGGGGUUCGAGGAGUGGAAGGUAAUUUGCCCCAUUGGUUGAGGGAAGUUGUUAAUACACCUCCGCCAAGGUUGACCGAGCAAACUCAGUCCUCAUGUCUUUCUUCCAUUUCUCCUUCCGACAAUAUACAGAUAGUUGGACCUUAUUCAGAUUCUGGUGAGCCACACUUGGGAUCAACUAACAGCGUAGGUGGUAGCUGCAACGCCUUGAGGCCAGGUAAUAUGCAGCCCUCUGAUAGUGCUGCUUUUGAAGGCAACUUCUCAUUGCAAACGGGGCAUGAAGCAGCUGAAUUUGCCAAGGCUUCUGAGCAUCACGUUGGUAAAAAAGAUGAUUUGAUUGUCAUCGACAGUGAUGCAUCUUCUGAAGAGACCAUAUCUGAUGAUAACUGUGUUAGGCUGUGACAUUGCAGAUGUUUUAGUAUGAACUUGUAAAUCAUUCUAUAGUACUUGUGCUAUGCAUUCUGUGAAAAAGCAAUUUGGAAAUGCAGAAGGUGCUACUUAGAGGCUAACUCUGGCCAACCCAUAAACAAUGUUAUGGAACUUGGAAACGAAGGCUCCUGAUGGAUGGAGGCACCAGUUCAGUGCCCAUAUAUACCUGAAGGACGGAGAUAUGGGGAGCUGAGUAGCUUCAAUAUAUUUGGUAGAUAUAUUCUGCCGAGUUAUUGAGAAAGUUGAUGUCUGCAAAUGAGAAUCGCUCGUAAGAAUCGAUGGUAUGUGAUAGGAGUGGUGUGAAUCGUAGCAUCUCUCAAAACACUCAAUCCACCAUUCACCAAUGAUUGGGACAAAGAAAACUGAAAGUCAUUUUCUUUCUAUAGAUGGAAUAAUCAACAAUGAAAUUUGUAUAAAACUUGACAGGUAUCUUUUGAUGCUUUCUACGCCAGCAUGAUACCUGUGUAUUCUACAAAGCUGUCAGGAUGUACUAAAGGGACUAAUUUUAGAACGAGUACCGCCCACCGACUCUUCACUGGUCUCACUGUGUAGUCCAGCUUUGGAGAGAGACUAUAAGCUUUCCUGAUAGUUUCAAGCUCCAUGACAACUCUGCCAAACGGCUUUCCUUUGUUAGCAAGACAAAGCUGGCAACUCGAUGUCUCCCUUUUUCGUCCCCUACAUGAGAUGUUGGUAAUCUGCCCCUGAAGUUGACUAACGCAUAUUGGAAGCUGCACUCAUCACUUUAUGUGUGAAUCGACUAGAUUGGAAGUCUCCAAAUGUACAUUGCACAGAAUGUUAGGUGAGUUUUGUCAUAAUAGAUCUGGCCGUGAAGUGUGAAAACCUCAAGAGACUUUCACAUCGUAUUUGUCAUCCAAUAGUGUUAGAUUGUUUUACGUCUCCAUGACAUUGUGUGUGCGCUGCUGCUCCAGCAACUUUAUAUGCAAUUUGAUAGUGGUCUUCCCAGGAAAGCAAGCUAGCUUUGUAUUUUUCAUUACUCUGCUGUGACAGGGUGCCAUUGGGGAUAUAAACUCAUGCCCUGGCGAAGGAAGCUCGGUGUCCACAACAUCCUUUCAAUUUCACAGUGCUACCGUGAUGAACCUGUGAUAGGACAACGACUUGAAUGAUGAAAUGCUUGAUUUGGCUUC